AUGCUGCUCCAUUACGACCUGCUGAAAGUGCCAGAAGUUAUAGAUGGUGAGUCUGGCUCGGUGAUGACGGCAGCAGCCACUUCAGGGUUGCUGCGGCGCGUGCGCGGCAUUGGCAUUACCACCUGCCAUGUUGCAUAUAUCUUCGAAUUCCAGUUACCACUAAGUGCAAGAUACAAGAGGGAUAACGCAGUGGGUGCUCUCGACAUAGUCACUAACAACGCACACCCAAUACAUGCUGAGGUGAAGUCUGAAUCUUUAGUACCUAUUGGAGACAUCAGUACUGCUGAUAAGGUAACUCCACCAAAGGACAGCAUAUACCCGUCGAAGUCGCUCAGGAAGUCAUGGCCACUGACCAGCCGGCUCGACCUCGUCCGAAGUGUUACCAGGGUGGUCACAUUGGUCGUUCUUGUGAUCUCCGCUGCGUUUGAGUUCUACCCUCUUCUGCAACAUCUGUACGAUUUGUACUACUUCUAG